GCCAAACAUUCCAGAUUUUUUUCCAACAUUUUUGUGAAAGAUGGGUCCUUUUCAGUCUUCGAAAACCCCUUAUCCACUUCUUGUUCUUGUUUUUCUCAGCUUGCUCCACAUUACUUGUGGAACAAGAAACUUACUUUUACUACAUCAACCACCUCCAAUAGGUCUUACGUACCAUAAUGGUCCUUUAUUAGAAGGAGAGCUAACAAUAUCCAUUCUUUGGUACGGAAAAUUCUCACCAGCCCAAAAAUCUAUUAUUGUGGAUUUUCUCCAAUCUCUAAAUUCUACUAACAAAAUUGGGUCACGUAAAACACCAACUGUUUCAAAAUGGUGGCAAACCAUUCAAAACUACUUAACAAAAGCGGGUAAAAAAGAAACCCGUUUAGUUUUAUCCAAUCAGCUCACUGAUGAAAGUUGUUCAAUUGGAAAAACCUUAAAGAAAUCCCAAAUAUCUGAGUUGGCUCAAUUAAACUCAAAAAAAGGUGAAUUAUUAACUUUAGUCCUAACAGCCCAAGAAGUUGCAGUUGAAGGCUUCUGCAUGAGCAACUGCGGUUAUCACGGGUCGGGUCAAGGCAAAAGAUCCGUUUUCAUAUGGGCGGGUAAUGCGGCAACUCAAUGUCCUGGUCAAUGCGCGUGGCCAUUUCACCAACCUAUUUACGGACCACAGGCCACACCAUUGGGUGCACCUAACGGAGACGUGGGCGCGGAUGGCAUGGUUGUAAAUAUAGCGAGUUUUUUGGCUGGAGUAGUAACCAACCCGUACGGGAAUGGUUACUACCAAGGCCCAGCCCAAGCGCCUCUAGAGGCGGCUUCGGCUUGCGCCGGGCUAUAUGGUAGAGGGGCAUAUCCAGGUUAUGCGGGUGAGCUGCUUGUUGAUUCGAUAACGGGUGCAAGCUAUAAUGCACACGGUACAAACGGAAGGAAGUAUCUCUUGCCAGGGCUUUUUGAUCCAAAUAAAUCAGCUUGCUCAACUAUUGUCUAAGUCAAUGUAAAGGUAGUUCUGUUGGAUGAUUGAGCACUCAACAUGUCUACUUUUAGUUAUGUAAAUUUUGGUUAUAUAUGUAGUUAUUUAACAUUUACUUUCAGGCAAAUGUAGUUUUCGUCUUGUACAUCGUAGUUAAUAGUUUUGCUCUUCUAUUUUUACCUGGCGAUGUUUGAUUAUAUAUUCACAAAGUUUGUAAAAGAUAAGAAACUU